CGGGACCGGAAGUGAGUCUCUGGCCGUUUGCUCGAGCUGCUGGAGGCCUCCGGACUUUCGGUUAGUUUGUAGCCGGUCAUUAGUAUGAUUCAUUCGAGGGAGGAGCAGGAGGUAGCAGCCUACGAACGGCACGUUUCCAGAAAUACCUGCGACUAUCACUACCUGAAGGUCGGCCUUGAAUUUGAGGGAACGAGGCCUGGGUUCAGGCUGAACGCUGCCCACUUUAAACAGUUGAUCGUGUCGGCACUGAAGGAUUUGCACGGUGAGAUUGGAGCUGCCUUACCUGUUGAUUUAUUGAGAUUUGAAGAAGAAACAUUGACUGCUAUACUGAGAGUAAAAAGCAGUGGCCUUGUGAAGCUAUGGAGUGCAUUGACCCUUCUGGGAUCCUAUCAAAAUGAGAAGUGUGCUUUCAGAGUGACACAGUUUUUGAACAGAAUGUUCAUUUAAUCUUUUUGAGGACUACAGCUUAAUUUCACCAAACAAAGCAAGAACCCAAAACUUUCAGCCUUGCAAUUUAUCAUUAGUUAAAAUAUCCAUUGUCUCUAAUUUCUUUUUAUUUCAAACCUUCAUCAGAAAUAAUUUUUGUACAUGUUUGAAAGCUGAAGUAUUAUUUCUGUGUUUCAUGGACUUUUUCUAUUCCUUUUCACUUGUUAUGUGGCUUCUGUCUCUUCCUCCUUUUCAUGUAUUAACGUUCUCUCAUUUGCCACAUUCCUGGACCCUCAGACUAUCCCAUUUGAAAUUUAAUUCAUCUACCUAUAAUUUUCCCCAUUCAAUGAUAAUUGAUAUUAUUUGCCUUUACUCUCUCAUCUCCGUGUCUCUCUCCUACCUGGCCUACCUCCACAAAUAGACCGUGUUACUCUCAUAACAAUAACCUGGUGCAGAAUUUUUCACUCGGCAUCCAGGCGCGAGCCCAAGACUUUUGAGCCUAAAAUAGUCACCCAAUGUCAUUGCGCACUUAAGCGACAUUUCACUUGGUUGGUGUUGGAGCCGUGCCCGCCAAUAAUUAAGAGGCCAAUUAAGGCCAUUAAAAAUUCAAUUGACACUGAUUUUUGGUUGCCUGUGCGAUUUUGUGCUCGUCACAUGGGCAAAAUAGGCAGACAGUCAGCCGACAAUUUCAAAAACAUCAUCCAUGGGCAGGAUAAAAAGGGCCUGCAGCAUUGCCAGUGUGAGUAGUGAGGAGUUUGGUAGAUAGUUUGCUGCUGGUGACCUACUGGUAAACGGCAGCUUCAUCUCUGUUCGGGGCUUCAUUGUUAGCAUUUCCAAGCUUCAUUUCAGGACUCCUCGGAGAACGACCCCGGAGAAAUCAGCUCGUGUGGGUCCUUCCAGGCAUCGGACAGCCUUCUGUUACCCUGCUAAUGGGGAUUGUGGUCUCCGCUGGAGGCACCUCCUCUGAGGAGGAAGAGAGGGGCAGAAGAGAGAGGAGGCCACAUUUCCCUAUGCAGCUUCCAGGGGAGCGAACUGUGGGAGGAGAAGCGCGAGCACAGCGGGUGCAGGGCCAGCAGGUAGUCCAAGGCAGAAAGAGCCGCCGAAGACACCACUAUCCUGCUGCCAGGGUUUACAGGCGGUGAUGCUGCUCCCUCAAUAUGUCCAAGAAGGAAUGCCGAAGAAGGCUCCUCCUCUCAAGGGAUUUAGUGACCUCCAUCUGUCAGAUGAUUGGGCCUGAGAUCAUCUCUAACUGUGGGUGGACACACCGUGCCAGUGGCUCUGAAGGUCUCAGUGGCCUUCAACUUCUAUGCCUCCAGCUCUUUCCAGGGGUCAGUUGGGGAUCUGUAUGGAGCCUUCCAAUCAGCUGGCCAUAGUUGCGCCAAGCUGGUGACAGAAGACUUGUUCAAGUGGGUAUUAACUUUCAUUCAUUUCUGUAUGGACAAGGCCAGCCAGGCUGAGUGACUCAGAGGCGUUACAGCGAUUGCUGGGU